AUGAAUUUCGUACAAGCCGCUGAUGAGGCCUUCGAAGGCAGCUAUGUCCACGCCGCAACGAUACGAUUCGUAACACGUCUACAUCACUCCCUCAACCGUUGGGAUUCAAGUUGUUGGAACCCUGAUAGAAGACCGAAUUGUGAUAUGAGGUGCCGCGUGCGAUCAUCCAAGUCAAUCCAAAACGAAGGUCAAAGGGGCGAAGGGACACAACUGGACUUGAACCAGAGAUUUUUCAGUUUCAAUCUACCACUCAAGGUACAGAUACACAGGACAUACUUGGAGUUGAACCAGGACAUUCAACUGACGAUGCUUCAAGCACUCAUGGAGCAUAGUGGAUCAAAUGAGGUCAAAGUUGUGGUACACGAGAUUUUUUUGGACAUUCACCAGGUCAACCAAUUUCAGGGCCAUAACAUCCCUGGAGUCAAACCAGGACUCUUUUGCACACCUGGAUUCGAACCAGGAGCAGGCCUGUUGCUUAUUGAAUUUGGGUUGCACUACCGCUGUGUGCAGCAUUUGUAA